GUCAUAUAUUCUUUGACUGAUGUUCGAGUACAUACCUAACCUAAAAUGUGUACUUUGUAGACGCAUAUCUAUGUUUAUGUAAUGAAAACUAAUAGAAAUGUGUUUUUACAUAAAAUAAUAUUGAUAACAGCGAUGUAUCUUUAAUGUAUUCGGACAUAUAAUCGUAUUUAUGUAAAUCUACAUCAUGUUGAGAAUAUUCAGAAAAGCACCAAGUGCUUUCGAAAACAUCCAGGCUAAAAUUAAAUUUCCUGAAAAGUUUAAAGGGACUAUAUUAGAAAAAUGGGCUGAUUAUUGGAAAAAUCUUUUUAUAGAUUACCGACAAAUGCUUCAAGAUUUAAGGAGCGACGUUCAAGACGAACCAAUUAAGGCUUUGAAAUGGACAGCCGGUAUCAUAACAGCUACUGCACUGGCAAAAAACAAUCCCACUGAAACUGAUUUUAAAGACAGCUUAAAGAGGAUUAGCAAUGAAGUAGCUUUAGUAAACGAAGAUUGCCUUAACCCCAAAUCUGUUGGACAUAUACGGUAUUUAGCUAUGUGUUAUAAUGAAGAAGUUCUGCAUUACAAGAAUUUCGGAUUAGUUUCCGUAAUGUAUGUAAAAGAUUUAAAUGACUCGUGUGACUUGUAUAAAGCGCAUUGUUCAUACAUGCAACCCACAUACUUGAGUCUACCAUCAAAGAUUGUUGAUGUCGGCUUCAUGGGCAAGUGGUGGAACUUGUACAUAAAAACUACUAAUUAUGAUGUUAAUGUUUAGAUGUUUCAUAGUGUAUUAUAUAUAUUUGAGAAUUGCAUGUGGUUGUAAGUUUAAAUAUAGCAGUUGAAUUGUA